AUGGAUUCAGAAAAUAACUGUGAUGUAUCAAAAAGAUGCAAAUCGGGUGGGAAACACAAGUUGAAAGGAUUUUAUUUAUUUGAGAGAUGCUCUGGCGGAAUACUGAACCUCAAGUUUGAUUCAGAUGUAUUAGAAUCUUUUUACUACAAAUGUUCAUACCCAAGUGCAAAGGGAAGGUUUCGUUUCGGCACGGCAUUCUCAACGUUCUUGUCUGUUGUAUGGUUGAUAUAUUUCUCCAUCGUACAACCUCCAAGUUAUUUAAUGUAUAUAAAUGGAUUCACUUUGGGUGCUGUAGUCUCCAUUGCUUAUUUCAUUAUGAGUUUUGUUGAUAGAAUUUUCAGAGCAAGAGCUAUGUGCAUUUGUAGUAGUCAUGCUUGCAUUAUAUGCUUACUUUCUUUGUUCACAUUUGUUCCACCAGAACCUGGAGCAACUUUGGCUUUUAAUCUGAGUUUAGUCUUACAACUUGUACUGAUUACCUACACAAUGGCUCCUUUACGCUUAUGGCAGCUUUUGGCAUUAUGUGGACCUGUUAGCAUUUUACAAAUCAUAUUGGCUAGUGUUAGGUAUGGUCAGGUCCCAGGAUGGUUUGUGUUGAUAUUUUUCGUUGGUCAUUUGUGCGUCCAUUUGAUUGGAAUAAAUCUUCACUUAAUGUCACAAGUUUGGCGUAGAUCAACAUUUCUACGCAUGGGUUAUAAUGCUUUAAUGCGUAAAGCGCUGAAAAAAGAACAAGAAAUCCGUGAUGAUAUGAUUCGUUCAUUAAUGCCUAAUCAAGUAGCUCAAGAAGUGAUGCGUGAAGUUGGCAAUGAUAGUGGAAUUGAUUCUGGCAAUGAUAAUGAUAAUUGCAAUAAUAACACUGACAAUAAUAAUGAUAAUAGUACUUUGGGUAAAAAUAAAAAGUAUAAAAAGAAAUCAUCGAAACAAAGUCAGCAUCGAAGAUUAAAGAAGCAGAAAUUAAAGAAUGAAACAGAUAAUAUGGAGAAUGAUUAUUUAGAUUCGAAAGGUUUUAAAAUUAAUGGUUUCAGUUAUAUGGGUGAUGGAGAGGAUAGUGAUGAAGACGAUGAAACACAAACAUCAAAAAAGAUUAGCGUUGGAAGUAAUUGUGAACAAAUGACUGCAGGACAAGAUGAAUUAGAAAUUGGUGUCGGUGGUACUGGUGGUUCUAGUCCAAGAUCUAGUCUAGUGCCUAAGUCAACUGUACUUCCAGCUCGUGCAGUUGCUUUUCGUAAAUUUCAUGUGAAUCAAUUAGAAAAUGUUAGUGUACUAUUCGCAGAUAUUGUUGGUUUUACAAAGAUGAGUUCAAAUAAAUCAGCAUCACAUCUUGUCUAUCUGUUGAAUGAUCUUUUUGGAAGAUUUGAUCGUUUAUGUGAAAUUGUUGGCUGUGAAAAAAUUGCCACGCUAGGCGAUUGUUAUUACUGUGUUGCUGGUUGUCCAAACCCCGUGGAUGAUCAUGCUGAGCGUACAGUUGAAAUGGGUAGAGCAAUGUGUUUAGCUAUUCAACAAUUUGAUGAAGAUCAUUCAGAACAAGUUAAUAUGCGUGUUGGUGUACACACAGGCAAUGUAAUUUGUGGUAUUGUCGGGACAAGACGUUUUAAAUUCGAUGUCUGGUCAAAUGAUGUAACAUUAGCUAAUGAAAUGGAAUCUAGUGGCGAAGCUGGAAAAGUUCAUAUAUCUGAAGCUACUUUAAGUUUUGUAAAAGAUAUUUAUGAAGUAUCUGAAGGAAAACCUGUUCAAGAUAUACGCAAAUUUAAGGUGUUGAUUGAAUUCUUCAAUAAGGAAGAACAAUGCUUUGCUAUAAAACAUACUCAAGAUGAAGCAAUGAUUAAAACUUAUUUUAUUGAAAGACGUUUAGAUAAUAAACCAGUUGUCAGUUUACCACCGGCUCAAAUUGAAGUUGAAUCAGUUAGUCCACAAUGUGAUAAAGUGUACACUGCUGGAACUAAUUCAUCGAUUAAUCUUUCCAAUUCACAGACAAUCAAUACUGUUCCAGUAUCAUUGCCUCCACCAACAACAUCGUCAUCACCUACACCAGAUCAUCAGCAUCCACUUAUGACAAAAUCUGAUCCUGUUGGCGUUGUUAGUAGUGGAGAUAAUCCCAGUAGUAAUCAAUUGCCUCAGUCGUCAGUGGAUAAUAAAAGCCUACCCAUGAAUACUACAAUUACUACUACUACUACUACCACCACUACUGCUAUUACAACGAAUACUGUUGCUUCCACUGCUGCUACGACAGUUAAUACAACACCUACCGCUAAUACAACAACACUUCAGUCAUUUAUUGGACGUGGUUCUGAUGUGGAAAUGUUACAAGCCUUACAAGAUUUUGUUCAACCUGAUGAAGUAUUCAUCUUUCCACCGAUAUCUCGAUUAACACUAAACUUUUUUGUUCCAAUUGUUGAGCAUAGCUAUCGUAGUCUUGGUUUGAAACGUCCUAAAAUUCAUUCGAUAGAAAAAUUGUCCUGGUCAACACCACGUAUAGCACCGUUUAUUAAUACAAUCACUGAGACAAUAUUAAUUAUUAUCAUAGCUUUAACAUUCUUGUUCAUCUCAGAUUUAGCUGCAUGGGCAUGGUGUCCAAGACGUCGAGAUAAUAAUGCUAAAUUGUUAACAAAGAAAUCUCAAAAUCGUAAUGAUUGGCGACGUAUUGUAAUACGAUUAUAUGGGAGAUUAUUUCGUUGGAAAUCACGUAAUAUUAUUGGUGUAUUUAUAUUGAUUCUACCCACUGCAUUAAUAUUAUCUUGUUAUUCAUAUUGUUUAUUUACAAGUUAUACAAGCACAUCCGUGAUUAGAAAAUGGAAUACAAUCUAUUCCCCUCUGUUAUAUGCUACUUAUCGUACACAAAUUGGUUUAUUAUUUACAUUUAUGUUUAUUAAUUGUACACUGUAUACAUCAUUCUCGUCAUGGACAAAAACAAUAUCAGCAACAUUUGUUUGUUUAUUGGGUAUCCUGUUGAUUGGUUUGCAUAAAGUUAUCCAGUCGACAUGUUCAUCGAGGCAUAUUCAAUCAUGGUAUCCUGUUAUGCUGAAUAACUUCAAUGUAUCAGAUACCAAUCAGAUACCAGUUUCCCUAUCAUCAUCAUCAUCAUCAAUGUCAUCACCAGUCUAUCCACUAUGGUUAUAUACAGCUUUAUCAGACAGUGCAAUUAGUGAAUACAUUUUGAUAGCCUUGCUUACACUCAUACUGGUUGGUAUGUUAAAUCGUGAAUUUGACAUAAACUUCCGGCUAAGUUUUCAUCGAGAUUAUGAAGCGUUACGAGCGAAACAAGCUAUCGGUCAUCAAAAAUUACAAGCUGAUUGGUUAUUAGAAAAUAUUAUUCCAUAUUAUAUUAUGAAUGAUUUACGUCAGCAUAAUAAGUAUUCCCAGCAUAUAGAAGAUGCUGGUGUGGUAUUCGCUUGCAUAGCUAAUUUCUCUGAAUUCUAUGAUGAACAAUAUCAAGGUGGUCAAGAAAUGCUACGUGUAUUGAAUGAAAUAUUUGCGGAUUUUGAACAUCAAUUGGCUGCACCAAAAUAUAAAGAUGUAGAGAAGAUUAAAACAAUUGGGGCGUGUUUUAUGGCAGCGUCUGGAUUAAAUAUGACGGAAAGAAAGAGGAAUAAACAACCAGAUGAACAUUUAUGGGCUCUGCUUGAUUUCGCCUUAGAUUUAAUUCAUACCCUGGAUGAUUUUAAUCGUCAAAUGUUUAAUUUUCAAUUUGAAUUAAAAGUUGGCUAUAAUAUUGGUGAAGUAACAGCCGGUGUUAUUGGUACCACUAAACUGCUGUAUGAUAUAUGGGGGGAUACCGUGAAUGUAGCUAGUCGUAUGUAUUCAACUGGAUUAAAAGGCAGAAUACAAGUGGCUGAGACAGUGGCUAAACGUUUAGAAUCGCGGUAUAUCUUUGAAUAUCGUGGCGAAGUAUUUGUUAAAGGUAAAGGCGAUAUGAAAACCUAUCUACUUGUUAGUCGUCGUAAUGAUAAACGUGAUAGUAAAUAA